CCUAUCGCUUCGCGGCUCAGUGCAGCUCCUUAUUGUUUAAACAGUGAGGAGGAAGAGAGAGGGGGGGGUAAAAAAAUCUGCUUGCUCUGUAAGCACAUACAGUGAGUCAUUUUUGAUGCUCGAUUUCCGCCGCACUGAAUGCUGCAUUCAUUGUCAACUUCUCCGAUUUCUCCACUUAGACUUGAGCUGCAUCAUGAGUAGUUUUCGGGCACCUUUCCAUCGCACACCUCUGGAAUGGUGGGGAUUACACAGCCAACACCCGGGGAGCAUCUAAACGCAGAUGGAGUUUGGGAUUUAUUGCAAAAUAAAGGAAAGAUGAUCGUCUUCUCACUGUGCUUGCUCUUGUGCGCGGAUCUCCUGGAUUUAGCCGUCGGAUAUUUGACAGUUACCAUAGAGCCCCUGCCUCCCGUUGUUGUGGGUGAGACUGUUACUCUGAAGUGUAACUUCAAAACUGAUGGAAGACUGCGAGAGAUUGUUUGGUACAGGGUCACAGAUGGAGGUACCAUCAAGCAGAAAAUCUUCACCUACGAUGCUAUGUUUAACACAAAUUACUCCCAUAUGGAAGACUACCGCAAGCGUGAAGACCUCGUGUAUCAAUCAACUGUCCGGCUCCCAGAAGUCCGGAUCUCAGACAACGGGCCUUACGAAUGCCACGUGGGCAUCUACGACCGGGCAACGAGGGAGAAGGUUGUCCUAGCUUCAGGGAAUAUUUUUCUUACGGUUAUGUCACCUCCAAAUAACAUAUCGGUGUUGGCAGAGAACACUCCAGCUCUCUUCAGUCGAUACCAAGCCCAGAAUUUGACGCUUGUCUGCACAGCAAAAGGAGGGAAACCAGCCCCAUCGGUGUACUUUAAACGUGAUGGCGAACUAAUAGAGGUCAUCUCCUACACUCAGCCCUCCACCGGUGAGCAGGGAGGCGGCUCGGCGGGAGUGAGGGGAGCCCGGCCCCUCAUCAGCAGGGACCUGGACGACACUAAACUGCACCGGUCCCUGUCCCUCCUGGACCACGAGGGCCGGUCGGCCCGCCUCUACACAGAGAGCCCCCAGCGCAUCCACACGAUGGGCCAGCAGGCCUCCGAGCCCAGCCCCGCCACAGAGGUCAUACCAGAGACAGUAGUGAGCCGGGAGUUCCCCCGCUGGGUCCACAGCACGGACCCGCUGUACUACUUCAGCCACACGCACCUCCCCCAGAGCGACGGCUCGGUGGUGGUGCAGGCCAGACUCACCUGGACCAUCAACCCUCAGCUAGAUAAUGAUGCUCUAUUUAGCUGUGAAGUCAAGCACCCAGCCCUGUCCAUGCCUAUGCAGACAGAAGUCACUCUCGCUGCUCCCAAGGGUCCUAAGCUCUUUAUGACCCCCAGUAGGGCAAAGGUAGGGGACACAGUGCGCAUAACUGUGCAAGGUUUCCAGGUAGGAUCGCCUGGGAAUGAGGUUUUCCCCGAGCCCCUCUACACCUGGACGCGGGUGGGGGGUCGCCUGCUGGACGGCAGCAGCGAGCGCGACGGGAGGGAGCUGAUUCUUGAGAGAGUGCCAGCAGAACUCAACGGCUCCAUGUAUCGCUGCACGGCCCAGAAUCCUCUGGGGUCUACAGAUACACACACUCGUCUCAUAGUCUUUGAAAAUCCAAGCAUGAUGAAAAACACACAAAGUCAGAACAACGCAGCCUCCUGUUCGGCCGUGCUCGGACUGACAUGGAUUGCACUUUUUCUCACAGUGACAGUGGAACUUACGUGAAACCUCUCAUCCGAGACAAUCUCACACACACAGAUGGCGGUACACACGGCAUCCACAUUUGCACACACACACACACACACACACACACACACACACACACACACACACACACACACACACACACACACACACACACACACACACACACACACACACACACACACACACACACACACACACACACACACACACACACUGUCCAGACUCCCGCAAGCCUUCUCCAGUCAUCAACAAGAUCCUCCAUAUGUCAGUCAAUCAGGAAACAGUGCCAUCACACAUUGGCACUUCACUGUCUUUUUUCCCUCCUUUUUUUCUUUUUUUUUUUUUUUAACAAAAUAAUUAUCAAAAUAAUGUCAAAAGAACUAUGUGAUGAAGAUGAUAGUUCCCAGUAUAUAGCCCCACCCUAUUACCUUUUUUUUGUUUGUUUGUUUCUUGUCCCACUUCGGCUUGUUGAGAAAUAAAAAUUGUUGAUUUGAAACCGAAAAGAAAAAAAAGCAUUUGGAUUUUAUUUUGAUAAGCCACGAUGUUAUUGGUGUUGAGUGAAAUGUGAAAAAUGGAACUGGCUUCGACUGCGCCACCCUAUCAACCGCUCCCAUCUGUCACAUGUCCUGGGAUGCACCAGAUUAGCGACAAGCUGAUAAACCAGGAGAGAACAAACAUACAGAUGCUCCAAGGGAACCUUCUUUUUUCUAUAUUUUAAUAUACUUUUUUUUUUUUCUUCUUCUUCUGAUGUCUUGGAAUGUACAAGAAGAUUUAAACGCAGUGGGAACCCUGGAGCUAUCUCAUUUUUGAGUGUAUUUUGUGUACAUCAGUGUAAAUACUGAAAAAUUAAUUAAAGAAGAUAUAUGGGUUGUGGUGAGGGAUGGUCGCUGAAAUCGUUGGAGUUUAUGCUUCUCCACCUUCGUUUGUACUUCAUUCAGUUCUGUUUUUAAAAAUGAUUAUUGGCUGAGAGGACAGGAACAUUCAACAGCCUUUCUGUUUCUCGCUUAGGAUUUUUAUAUCUGUAUGGCAGGUCCCCAAGGACAGUGUAAAAAAGAAAAAAAAAAAGAGAAACUCUAACAUAUGUCUGCUGUUUCGGGGUUGUGGUGCAUGUGACGUUUGAAGAUUCUUUCUCCUUUUGGUGUGUUACAACUGUCAGCACUGCAACUCUCUGUCACUAGCCUGUAAUCCAGCUAUUUACUUGUGACCUACAUUAUGUACAAUGCUGAAUCUUCCCCAGACAUUUACGGUACUACUAGGAUCAUUUUAGCCGCCAUUCCAGUGGGGAGCUCACCUGAGGCAGCUUGUGUAAACAGGGUUUGUUGCAUUUGUUUCAUUUCACCUGUAUUAAAAUGGAGAGAUCAUAAAACUCACAAGCCUUGACUUUACUUGCGAGUGUUGUGCAGUAUUUGAUAUGUUCAUCAGUCCCGCCUCAUUUGAUACUGGGUGCACAUAAUAGCAUAUAUUGCAAACACUUUUUUACAACAGUUCUUUAUACACUUGUUUGAAAACUCCCUGUAUAUCGGAGAAGUUUCAAAGACAGAGUUACAUGAGUUAUCUUCAUUUACACUCAACUGGGACGAGUUCCAGAAAUGACUUUAACAUGUUUCUGUCGUUCAAGGCAAAAGCUCAUAUUGUUGUCAACAUUUUGGCAGUUUAUGCUUUUUGGCGAAGGGCAGCUUAUGAGAUAAGUAAUCCUGCGUCAUUUAUUUAUUUAUUUAGACUUGACAAGAAUUGCAAUUGAAGCAAUUCUGAGGACGUAACAUGCAUGAGGGGAUUAAGGUUUAAACCGGGUGAGAGGCGAGAGGUGAGAUUUUUAAGCUUGCUUGGAUAGAAAGGAUAAAUAUAUCCAUUUGGGAUAUCAUCUCACCUUUCCAAAGUACAAUCCAGACUCCUGCAUUUUGGUGAUGAGCACUGCAAACAUUACAAACAGGCACAUUUGAGCUUUUAUUUUAUUUAUUUUUUAUUUUUUCAGUGAAGGGCACAAAUCCGUCCGCACAGAACUUGACUACACAGUAAUUCACCUGUCACCUUGUAAUUUUUGUGCACCAGGCAGUACAGUGCUUUGUAUUCUUCCCUUGCUUUUAUAAACUUCACUUUGAAGAGUGAAAAACACUCAUUUUUAAAAAAGAAAUAUAUUGGAAUGUGUCUUAACAUGACUUGAUUCUCAAAAAAAGAAGUGCGUUCAAGCUCUGAAUGUUCAGAUGUGGGUUUUUGUAUUCCCUUCAGUUAAGUGUAUGUAUGAACACUUCAUGUACUUCAAAAGUCAGACAGUUGGACCCAA